AUGUCCCCUUCUGCAGUCGAGAUGGUCGACGUGUCUCCGCCGGGCGACGCGUUGAACUUUUUGAAAGAGAAUGCCAAAAUGGUACAGAACAGCAGUGGCAGUGAACCUCGAGCAGUGCAAGCAGACCAGCCUCAUAACGCAAACACGACGCCUCACGAAGAAUCCCAAUAUCUCGACCUUAUCAGGGACAUUCUGUCCCGGGGCGAGCACCGACCGGAUCGAACAGGAACGGGCACGCUGUCACUAUUCGCACCGCCCCAACUGCGGUUUAGUCUCUCGAAGGCCGAUCCUGCCUCACCCGCGGCCGAGCGAAUACCCGUGCUGCCUCUUCUCACCACCAAGCGCGUGUUCCUCCGCGCCGUCACCACAGAGCUCCUCUGGUUCGUGUCAGGCUGCACGACCUCCAAACCGCUCUCGGACGCGGGCAUCCACAUCUGGGACGGCAACGGGUCGCGGGAAUUCCUCGACAAGUUGGGCUUCACUGGACGCGAGGAAGGCGACCUAGGCCCCGUGUAUGGCUUCCAGUGGCGUCAUUUCGGCGCACAAUACACGGACUGUCGGACAGACUACACGGGCCAAGGCGUGGAUCAGAUCAAGGAAAUCGUGCGCAAGUUGAAGACGAACCCCUACGAUAGGAGGAUCAUCCUCAGCGCGUGGAACGUGGCCGACUUGUCCAAGAUGGCGCUGCCGCCGUGUCACAUGUUCGCCCAGUUCUACGUCAGUUACCCUGAUGCGGCGCGGGGGGAGGCCGCCUUGCAACAGGUGCUGCAGAGUGGGUCGAAUGGGGGUGAAGAGCAGCAGCAGGCGAGAGGCCAUCUUUCGUGCGUCCUAUACCAGCGGUCCUGCGAUAUGGGGCUCGGUGUGCCCUUUAAUAUCGCCUCGUACGCACUGCUGACACAUAUGCUGGCUCAUGCGUGCGAUUUGGUGCCCGGCGAGCUGAUCCACACCAUGGGCGACGCGCACGUCUACCUCGACCACAUCGACGCCUUGAAGGAGCAACUGCUCCGCGAGCCGCGGGAGUUCCCGACUCUGAACGUCAAGCGCGAUGAUCGAGGGAGUGGUGAGAUGGACGGCUGGAAAGUCGACGAGCUCGAGGUCGUGGGGUACAAGCCUCACGGCGGGAUCAAGAUGAAGAUGAGUGUAUGA